AGCCACCUCCGUCGUUCGCCCGCUCUCGCCUUUCCAGUCAAAGUUCUACUCGCCGCAUAUAUAAAGACCUCGCUUGUAUCGCUAUCUAUAUCUCAAGCUUAUGUCCACCGCAACAGAGUCCUACGCCUCUCGUUUCCUCCCCAGCCCCAAGACCGUAGCCAUCUCCAAGGAAGGCGUAGAUCGCGGCCCCAUCCGCCUCGUCCAAGCCGGCCUCCCCGACCAGCUCACCGAGCUCGGCUGGAAGGUCCAGUUCGAUGAACCCCCGCCUCGUCUCUCGUGUUGCGAGGCCGUCGCGAACGUUGUCGGUGAUCACGCGAAGCACGGUCAGCUGCCCCUCACCCUCGGCGGCGAUCACUCUUUGGCCAUGGGCACUAUUUCGGGAACGCUGAGUCAUUAUCCCGACGCUUGUGUCAUUUGGGUCGAUGCCCACGCCGACAUCAACACACCGGAAACGACCGACUCAGGCAACAUCCACGGCAUGCCCGUCUCCUUCCUGCUCGGGCUCGGCCCCAAGGUCCCCGAGUUCAGCUGGGUGCGCCCGCUCCUCCAGGCGCACCGCCUCGUCUACAUCGGCCUGCGCGACGUCGACGCGGGCGAGAAGCGCAUCCUCAAGGAGAACGGCAUCAAGGCGUUCUCCAUGCACGAGGUCGACAAGUGGGGCAUCGGCAGGGUCGUCGAGAUGGCGCUCGACCAUGUGAACCCCAAGAGGGACCUGCCCGUGCAUCUGAGCUUUGAUGUGGACGCGCUGGACCCGACGGUCGCGCCGAGCACGGGGACGCCGGUUCGUGGCGGGCUGACGUUCAGGGAGGGACACUACAUCUGCGAGGCGGUCUACGAGACGGGAUGUCUCGUCGCGCUCGAUAUCAUGGAGGUGAACCCAGACCUUGGUACCAAUGAAGAGGCGGUGAAGCAGACCAUCGCUGUCGGGUGCUCGCUGGCCCGGUCUGCGCUUGGGGAGACUCUGUUGUAGGUGCGAAUGUACGUCUGAACGUCAAUGUAGCAUAGGCAACCAGCUGUAGCCAACAAAUUCCCGACGCGUUUUGAGCCUUUUGCGGGUUCUUUGCUGCGCCUUGCGUUCCGGCUGGCACGAACAUGAAUGUGUAUGCGACCCUACAAGAACAAGGGGAAUGACUAGUCGAACAUAGAAGCAGCAAUGCCCGUGGAAGUAUCACCGAGGUGCGUAGUGUUGUACAGUAUUGCUGCAGCAGUGUUGGAGCACGCCCGUCGGCGUAGCGCGAAGUGAAAGCAUUGCUAUCUCAAGGGUAGCAUCUAAGACUGCGGU